AUGGUUGGCACAGCUGUUCAUUUCGGUGGAGGCAACAUUGGCCGUGGCUUCAUCGCCGAGCUUCUUCACGAGACUGGCUACUCAGUCGUCUUUGUCGAUGUCGUUGAUGACUUGAUUGACCGGAUCAAUGCUACCAAGUCAUACAAGAUCACUGAGGUUGGUGAAGAGGGGGAGAAGAGCAAAACUAUCACCAACUAUCGCGCGAUCAACUCCAAGUACAACAUGGAUGAUGUCGUUGAACAGAUUGCCAAUGCAGACAUUGUCACCUGCGCAGUUGGACCCAAUGUCCUCAAGUUUAUCGCCAAGCCCAUCGCCGAUGGUAUCACGGCACGAACUGCCCCCAAGCCUCUCGCCAUCAUCGCCUGUGAAAACAUGAUCAACGCCACAGAUGCUCUCAAGGCACUCAUCACCGACCCCAAGAACCUGAAGCCUGAGAUCCUCAAAGAUCUUGCUUCCAAAGCCGAGUUUGGCAAUUCUGCUAUUGACAGAAUUGUGCCCACCCAACCAGCCGACGCCAACCUCGAUGUUGUCAUCGAGUCGUUCUACGAGUGGUGCGUUGAGACUACAGGUUUCAAGUCCGGCCACCCCGAUGUCAAGGGCAUCCAUUGGGUCGAUGACCUUGAGCCAUACAUUGAGCGCAAGCUCUUCACUGUCAACACUAGCCACGCCACAGCAGCAUACUUCGCCUACCAGAAGGGUAUCAAGACCAUUCACGAAGCCCUGGCCGACAAGGAAAUCAGACAGGAAGUCCAUGAGGCACUCGAAGAGACGGCCCAUCUGAUCAGUGGCAAGCAUGGCAUCACUGCGGAAGAACAACAGAAAUAUGUCGACACUAUCAUCUCCCGUAUCUCCAACCCUCAUCUUGAGGAUGUGCCAGUCCGCGUCGGUCGCGCUCCCCUCCGAAAACUCGGACGCAAGGAACGCUUCAUUGGACCUGCUGCUCAACUCGCCGAACGUGGAUAUGACGUCACCGCUCUGGUUCGUGGUGUGGAGUAUGCUCUUCGUUUCCAAAAUGUCGAGGGCGACGACGAAAGCAAGGAGCUCGCUGAAAUCAUGAGCACUCUCCCUGCUGACGAAGCAACAACCAAGCUGACUGGUUUGGAGAAGGACCAUCCUCUCUACCCCAAGAUCCUGGAGAAGGUCAAGCUUGUGCAGAGCGAGAAGAAGUAG